AUGUUUUAUCACAAUAGGAGUUUUUUUCACCCAACCACAUUUUUCCUCAUUGGAAUCCCAGGCCUGGAAGAGGUCCAUGCCUGGAUCUCCCUGCCUUUCUGCUCUGUUUACCUUGUGGCUUUACUGGGCAAUGUCACAAUUCUGCUAGUCAUCAAGAUGGAGCCGACACUCCGGGAACCCAUGUUCUACUUUCUAGCCACCCUUUCAACCAUUGAUUUGGCCCUUUCAACAACCUCUGUCCCCCGCAUGCUGGGUAUCUUCUGGUUUGAUGCUCAUGAGAUUAACUUUGGGGCUUGUGUGGCCCAGAUGUUCCUGAUCCAUGCCUUCACUGGCAUGGAGGCUGAGGUCCUGGUGGCCAUGGCCUUUGACCGCUAUGUAGCAAUCUGUGCUCCACUCCACUACAUGACCAUCCUGACAUCCCGGGUGUUGGUGGGCAUCAGCAUGUGCAUUGUAAUUCGUCCAGUCCUGCUGACACUUCCCAUAAUCUAUCUCAUCUACCGCCUACCCUUUUGUCAGGCUCAUGUGAUAGCUCAUUCCUACUGUGAGCACAUGGGCAUCGCAAAACUAUCCUGUGGAAACAUCCACAUCAAUGGUACUUAUGGGCUCUUUGUUGUUUUCUUCUUUGUCCUAAACCUAGUCCUUGUUGGCAUCUCCGAUAUUUACAUUCUCCGUGCUGUCUUUCGCCUCCCAUCCCAAGAUGCACGGCUAAAAGCCCUAAGCACCUGUGGCUCCCAUGUUGGGGUCAUUUGUGUUUUCUAUAUCCCCUCAGUCUUCUCUUUCCUCACUCACCGAUUUGGCCACAACAUACCCCGCUACAUUCACAUUCUUGUUGCCAACCUCUAUUUGGUUAUCCCACCUUCACUCAACCCCAUCAUCUAUGGUGUGAGGACGAAACAGAUACGAGAGCGAGUACUCUGUGUGCUUAUUAAAAAAUAA